ACGCUUUGCAGCGCUCUGUGUUCUGCGUGCAUUGAUAACAUUCAACCACCGUGACCAGCGGCGGCGCGCAUUCAAUAACGCGUGCGGCUGCCGCCCGCGAAUUUCCACACCCUGCGAGUCAUCCCACGUCUUUUCCGAAUGCUCCCCCUCUCUUUCUAAUCCCACUGCGUCUUCCUUGCGUCUUCCCAUCGACCAUGGACACUAUUACGCACCCCAAUUCAACAUUUACCAGCACUUUUGCAGCAGUGCAGGACGCCGCCCUUGCCUCCCCACUGUCCGUAGGACUGGCGGUCCUCUUAGCACUCGUACCGCUGGCGUCGCUGUACAGACGGCGAUCGGGCGGAAGGAGCAAGGCGAACAACUACGGGUAUGGGCGGGUGGAGGUAACCAAGUUGCUGGUUCACCCGAUCAAGAGCUGUCGAGGGACUUCUGUAGCGUCCGCGCGGUAUACGCCGGAGGGGAUAGAGAACGACCGAAAAUGGUGUAUAGUCGACACAGACACCCACCAAGUCAUCACGGCGCGUGAAGUCGCGAAGAUGGUCCUCAUUACGCCCACUCUCCCCGACGCCACCGGGCUCCUCCGCGUCUCCUUCCCCUCCGACUCCCCCUGCGAGCCCUUCGCCGUCCCCGCAAAUCCCUCCGACUCCACCCUCGCCUCCUGGGUGCGCAUCUCUGACAUCAAGCUCUGGGGCGAUCUCGUCGACAGCUACGUCUGCGAGGCCGCGGGCGAGGGCGGGCGCUCCCCCUCCGCCAUCCUCUCCGACUACUUCGAGCGCGACGUCCUCCUUGUGAUGAAGGGUCCGAACCCGCGGCUGCUCGCCCCGACGGACGCGUUCCCGAACCUGAAGGGCAGCUGCGUGUUCCAGGACGGGUACCCGUUGCUGGUGUUGAGUGAGGAGGGGCUGGACGAUAUAGAGCGGGAGUUGAGGGAGAAUGUGGGGUCGCAGGGGAUCGACCCGCGGUGGAAGGAGGCCAAGUUGGCGGUGGAGAGAUUCCGCCCGAACAUUGUGUUCAAAGGCGCGGGGCCGUUCGAGGAGGACUUUUGGGAGGAGAUUGCGAUCGGGGAGCCUUCUGCGCCAGGAAUUACGCUCGUCUCCAAGUGCACGCGAUGUUUGCUCCCCAACGUCUCCCCGGAAACCGGCGAGCGCGACAAGGCCGUGCCGUACAAGGUGCUGCUCAAGUUCCGCACGGGCCUGCACCCGAAGCUCAAGAUGAAGCCGUGCGUGGGAUGCAAUGGCGUUCCAAAGGGGAAUGGUGUUAUCAGAGUGGGCGACGCGGUGUGGGUACGGAGGAUGACGCGAUGAGGGGGCGGUGGUUGGCGUGAUGAGGGGAGGUGGCGCGAUGAGUCGCGCGCCUGUGAAGUCGGGUAGUGCGCCAGUACGACUCUGGCGCGUCGGUGGGCUGGCAAGGCGCGCCUGAGGGUCGGCUCCCGCCCACAGACC